AUGGCAGCGGCGGAGGGAGAGCGCGAGAACUGGGACGUCGUGGGCGAGUACACCAACAAGACCCUGCGACUGAAGGCUGAUCGCUGGACCAAGAUCGUGCAGCAUGAAGACACUCGCUCCACGCUCUUGGAUUUCCUCGACUCGAGCGCCGAGCAGGUGGUGUUAAGUCAGAACAUGUCCAGUCAGCUGGUGGCCACCUCUGAAGUCCCAGCUGGCUUACGGACGAAAGGUGUGUACUUCCUGAAGACGAGCGACGUCCCCCUCAACCGCGAGGAGGAGACCAGCAACGUCCGCGACCAUGUUAUCUUUGGCGACAUUUCACCACAGCCUCUGGACCAGCUCUCAACGCUCAUCGAAGAGGUGUUCAUCCCUCUGCUGGAGAACCCCGGCAAUCGAGAGGGAUGGCCGGACAUGGUCAAAGAGGACGUGUCCCGCCAGCUCUACUCUCUCAGGGGUACUGUGUAUCGCAUGUGGGGACAACUGCGAGGACAGACGCUUCUGCCGCUGCCCUUUGGCAUGGAUGCUCUCGAAAAGGCAGAGAGACAUGCACUCGAGACAGGAGAGAUGACGGACUCGCAGCUGAAGAGCGCCAUCGAGGGCGUGGUGAUCAAGUGGGUGCACCAGGUGGACGAGGUGCUCAACCAGGACACGGACGACCUGGCUGGACCCGACCACUUCCCGACGCCGCUCGAGGAGAUCACCUUCUGGAGCAAACGGCGAGAGAACUUUAGUCAUAUAGCUAAGCAACUAAAAGAUAAGAAGGUGAUGAUGAUGUCCAAUAUCUUGGAGGUAACAGAAUCAGCUUACUAUCCAGCCUUCGUCAAGAUGUGCGCUGACGUUAACAUGGCCGUGCACGAGGCGCGCGACAUCAUGAUCCACCUGUCGCCUCUGAAGCCCAUGCUGGAGGAGAUGGAGUCGAUGGAGUUCCAGGAAGCGCCGCCGCUCAUCCCGCCGCUCGUGCACUGCAUCUGCCUCCUGUGGGCGCACUGCCCCGACUACCGCAAGCCGGACCGCAUCGUCACGCUCUUCAGGGAGAUCACCAACCUCCUCAUCGGCAUGGGAAGAGCCUUCAUAGGCACCAUAGGGUUUCAGGCUGAGACAGCGGAGCCCCUGCAGAAAAUCAACACCUGUAGCUCCGUCCUCAAAACCUUCAGAGACAGCUUCGAGGAGCACCGAUCGAAGGUGGACACGUACUUCUCCGAGGGUGAGCGUCCCCGCCGAUGGGAGUUCCACCCCACUCACGCCUUCGCCCGGAUGGACCAGUUUCUUGUCCGUCUCGCCAACAUCAAGGAAAUAUUUGACAUUGCCAAAGAAUUCCUCAAGAUAGAGAAAGUGGAAUUCGGCGGACCUAAAGGCAAGGUUCUGGGGGCUAGUGUCUCUGCUGUUUACAGCGAGUUCAACGAGGCCUACACCGCCUUCUCCAUCCGCACCUACGACUGCCUGGACCCCGCCGAGGCCGACUUCGACGAGAGCCACCGCCAAUUCAAGAAGAAAGUGACGGAGCUCGAGCAGCGCCUCAGCCUCAUCGUAAACCACGCCCUCCAGGAGAGCCAGAGUCCCGAGGCCUACUUCAAGGUGGUUGAACUGCUUGGGAGCAUCCUCGAGCGGCCGAUCAUUCAGGCGGAAUACACCAUCUGUCUGCCGCACUUGCUUCAGCUCCUUAAGCAGGAGAUCGAGACGGCUAAGGAACUGUUCGAGAACUGGCAGCACAGCAGCGGGAUCGUCGUGGUUGACGCGUUCGACGACGACGAGGAUGACGACGAUGAAGGUCGGGAGGACGAGCACAGGCGACCCUCGGAGGACGAGCAGGAGGAGGAGGAGGCAGAGGAGGACGCCGAGGAGAACAAGGCGACGCAUCGCUACUUCCCUCCCGUGGUCGGCAAACUCAAGUAUCUGAAGGAGGUGCAGAACCGCGUCAGCAAUAACAUAAAGUUGUUCUCCGAGCUAAAGCAUCCCAUGGUGUCGAGCGAAGAGGGCGCGGCACUGCUGAAGCAGUGGCAGGAUGUGGAGGCCGGCCUGGACGCGUCCAUGAGGACCGUGGUGGACGAGUGGAAGGUCAUCGCGUCCGCCGACUACACCGGCCCGCUCAGCCAGCCGCUGCUGCACCGCUGCCAGGACAACACGCUCGCCGUCAACUUCAGUCCCGAGCUGGUGCGGGUGCUGAGAGAGCUCCGCUACGUGUGGGUCCUGGGCGAGGACCUCUCCGAGGGCACCGAGCUCGCCUCUCGACGCGAGACCUUCCGCAAAUACACCGCGAAUCUGCAACUGGUCACGGACUGGUACAACCAUAUUCGGACAAAUACAAACGAGGUGGAGUUCAGCCUGAUCCGGAAAGAAAUGGAGGAGAUAGACGCGGCGGUGCUGAAGGCAGAGGCAGAAUUCACUUGGAAUUCCGAUGAAUAUGCUUCUUUCACUGUUGACUUCAUUGGUCAGUUACUUUCAGAUAUGUUCAGGUUUAAUUCUCUUUCAGCUCAUACCAGCUAUUCAUUUGGAUUAAAUCUUGCAUCUACUGUAGACUAUUUACACGUGUCUAAAGAGAAGUCAUACAAGACAGUCAUUUACAAUCAGUAA